GUAUAUAAUGAUGAGUGUUGAAAAAAUGUAACAUUAAGAAAAAAUGGAGAAGUCAAGGAAAAGAGUAUUGCUAACCUCAAAUGGCGACGACGUUUCACAGGGCAUUGCUUUCAAUUUAGCCAAACAAGGAUGCAGGUUGGUUUUAUUGGGAAACGCAACACAAUUACAGAGCAUUGCAACUAAAAUAACGGAUUCCGUUUUCGCGGAAGGCGUUGCCGUUACUGAUCCUGUUGUUCAUGUUGUUGGAUUGGAUAUGGAGAAUCAAUCUGAAUCUGUUUUUCAUGAUGCUGUUGAUAAGGCUUCUAAGAUUUUAGGGAAAUUGGAUGCUUUUGUUAACUGUUACUCUUACGAAGGAAAGAUGCAAGAUCAUCUUGAGUUAUCUGAGAGUGAGUACAAAAAAAUAGUUAGUAUAAAUUUCAUGGCAGCGUGGUUUUUGUUAAAGGCUGUUGGCCAAAGCAUGCGGAAAUUCAACACGGGAGGGUCCAUUGUAUUUGUAACAUCGAUAAUUGGUUCUGAAAGAGGGAUUUAUCCAGGUGCUGCUGCUUAUGCCUCAGCCUUGGCUGGAGUUCAUCAGUUAGUUCGGGCAUCAGCUAUGGAGAUAGGGAAGUACCAGAUCAGAGUUAACGCCAUUGCGCGAGGCCUUCACCUGGAAGAUGAAUUCCCAUUAACAGUGGGAAAGGAAAGGGCAGAGAAGAUGGUGAAGGAUGCAGCACCACUUGAGAGAUGGCUUGAUGUUAAGAAUGAUCUUUCUUCUACAGUCAUCUAUCUAAUUAGUGAUGGCUCAUGCUACAUGACAGGAACAACCAUAUAUGUUGAUGGAGCACAGUCUAUAACUAGGCCUAGGAUGCGUUCCUUUAUGUGAUGAUUGUUACUCAAAGCUGCUUCUGAAAGGAACUUAUCAAGGGAUGUUUGUUCAUGCAUCUGCUUUAUCCUUGUGCAUAUCAAAUUGCAUGAUUUAUCCAAAAACAAAGUCAAAAUUUGGGUUUGAUAGCAGUAUUUUGCUAUGCCCUUAUAUAUAUUAUUGAGUGUAUGUUAAAGUUGCAGCUUUACUAAAUAAAUUUGUGGAUAUAUGAGGCCCAAAGCCCAUCUACAAUUGAGAAAUUUGAAUGAAAAGAAGUUAGUACAGAAAUAA